GUCGCCGAUUGGUCGGCUGGAUCCUUCGUCCUCAUUGGCUGGUGGAGUGUCUCGAAAUUCAAGCUGCUUUGUGUACCUUGUGCUUCUCCGCGGAUAAUUAUUCCCAUUAAUAAAAGUUUGUUGGCGACGGAAGAAUUAUGGAUGAUUACACGCGUAUAGAGAAGCUUGGCGAGGGCACCUAUGGUGUGGUCUACAAAGCCAAGAGCCGCAAAACUGGAAAGUUCGUGGCCAUGAAGAAAAUCAGAUUAGAAAAUGAGGAAGAAGGUGUCCCAUCAACAGCUAUUCGGGAGAUAUCACUUCUGAAGGAACUGCAACAUCCUAACAUAGUUUCGUUAGAAGAUGUUUUGAUGCAGGAAAAUAAGCUUUUCCUUGUAUUUGAAUUUCUUAGCAUGGACCUUAAGAAGUAUUUAGAUACCUUUGAGUCAGGAAAAUAUAUUGAUAAGAAGCUAGUAAAAUCCUAUUGUUACCAGCUAUUUCAAGGAAUCUUAUACUGCCAUCAGCGCAGAGUUCUUCACAGGGAUUUGAAGCCUCAGAAUCUCCUGAUUAAUGAAUCAGGAGUAAUCAAGUUGGCAGAUUUUGGGCUUGCAAGAGCUUUUGGAAUACCAGUGAGAGUGUACACUCAUGAGGUAGUGACUUUAUGGUACCGUGCACCUGAAGUUCUUCUUGGAUCCUCCCGAUAUUCUUGCCCUGUUGACAUUUGGUCAUUAGGAUGCAUCUUUGCAGAGAUGGUCACAAAGCGCCCUCUCUUCCAUGGAGAUUCAGAAAUUGACCAACUUUUUAGGAUUUUCAGGACUCUGACCACACCUACUGAAGACAAUUGGCCAGGGGUUACACAACUACAGGAUUACAAGGCAAACUUCCCAAAUUGGACAGACUAUAAUUUGGCAAAUUCAGUGAAGCAGAUGGAUCCAGAUGGGCUUGACCUCUUAUCGAAAACGCUGAUCUAUGACCCAACACAAAGAAUAACGGCCAAGGAGGCGCUUAACCAUCCAUACUUUGAUGACCUGGACAAGUCUACUCUUCCAGCUCCCAACUAAGUGCAGAGCUGCUCUUUAACUGUGAUUCAAUUUAAUAUAGCCUCUUACAUAGCUUUCCUUCUGUUGCUUUACAUUUGAAAGACAAUUACUUAAAAGGUAAUGAUCUUUUAUGUGUUCCAUCUCUGAAAUGAAGGUAACAGCCAUGAAUUUCUUUGAUUUACACUGGAAUUUAUCAUUAUUUUCUGUAUCACUGGAGAAUUGAUUGUGGAAACUACAUUCCCAUGCUAUUUGGUUAUUCAUUAUUUAUGCACUAAGAGGAUUUUUCAUGGUUGUCAUUUUGGCUCGUUAUUGGUGAAAAUGUUUUCUGAUACUUAGUCACAAAUUACCUUCAGUUUGACAACUUUUCCUUACAAACAAUUAGUCACAAUGCAUUGUUUUAAAGUUUUGCCAUGUAAGGUAAAUCUAGUUCUUAUUACUGUACUGAAAGCCAGAUUUCUUGAAGAUUAAGGCAAAUAAGGCCAGCAUGCUUAUAUUUAUAGAAGGUUAUUUUUUUGUUAAAAAUAGCUUGUUGUUCAAUGUUGAAACAAGAAAAAAAUAUGGUGACAUGAAAUGGUGUUAGGUGACUAAUAGUUUGAGAAUUUCUAAUAAAUAUAUAUAAAAAAU